UCGGAUAGUUUGCCAUGCGGCAGAGUCAGUGACACAGUAAGCGUGUCAUCGAGUGUGAGUGAAUGACUCGUGUUCAUCUGCGGAAUAUCGAGUUACGCGCUGCGUUUUUAGACGCGUCAAGUGUUGCGACAGCCGUCACAGCAGCAGCACAUUCACAUGCACUGAGCCAGACGUUCUUCUGGAGAGUUUGUGUAUGUUGUUUAUGCACAUUUACCUCAAGACGGUUAUAAGAAGUUCUGCCUGGAGCCGAAGGGACAGGGAUCAUGCUGGGGAGGAAGAAGAGGCCAGAGACAGUUCAGACUGAACCCAAAGCGCACGAGUCAAAAACCCACGACCCGCUUCGGAGGCUUGGUGUUCUGGACGAUGAAGAUGUGCAGCUGAUGCUGCAGGGGUCAAAGAUGAUAAAGGUUCGAUCUCAGCGUUGGCGGAAAGACAGGAGCCUGAAGCUUCUGGAGGACUGUGUGACGGUGUGGUGUGAGUCCAGCAAAGCCUCCCGCAAAAGCAAAAAACAGCAGACCUUCUGUGUGACUGAGGUGGAGUGUGUGCGGGAGGGCUGUCAGUCGGAGUGUCUGCGACGAAUGGUAGGUCUGGUUCCAGAAACCCACUGCUUCACUGUGGUCUUCCGCGGAGGAAGGAAAAGCCUGGAUCUGUGCUGCUCUACACAGAAUGAAGCAGAAGGCUGGGUUCGAGGCCUGCGCACACUUAAGGACCGUGUUUCCAACAUGAGCCAGAAAGAAAAGCUGGACCAUUGGAUUCGAGGCUAUCUGAGAUGUGCGGAUCAGAACCAGGAUGGGAAGAUGAGCUAUGACGAGGUGAAACAUCUGCUACAACUGAUCAACAUUGACCUGAACGAACAGUAUGCACGCACACUCUUUAAGAAGUGUGAUCGCUCUGGUGAUGGCCGGCUGGAUCACGUGGAGAUAGAGGAGUUCUGCCGUGAGCUGAUGCGCAGGCCAGAAUUGGACGCGGUGUUCAGGCAUUAUUCCAGUAAUGGUUGUGUGCUCACCACCUUGGAGCUGAGGGAUUUUCUUGGGGACCAGGGCGAAGACGCAUCACUGGCCCAUGCAAAGACUCUUAUCCACACCUAUGAGCUCAACGACUGGGCCCGGAAGAAUCUGUUCAUGACCCAGAACGGUUUCACCAUGUACAUGCUCUCGAAAGAGAAUGAUGUGUUUAACCCGGAUCACGCUCAUGUGUAUCAGGACAUGAGCCAACCGCUGGCGCACUACUACAUCUCUUCUUCUCAUAAUACAUACCUCACCAAAGACCAGGUGACCAGCGCCAGCAGCACCGAGCCUUAUAUCAGAGCUCUGCAUCAGGGCUGUCGCUGUGUUGAGCUGGACUGCUGGGACGGUGAUAAAGGAGAGCCCAUGAUCUACCACGGACACACACUCACCUCCAAAGUGCUCUUUAAAGAAGUCAUUGAGACCAUCGCUCAGUACGCCUUCAAGACAUCUCCAUAUCCUCUGAUCUUGUCCUUGGAGAAUCACUGCUCAGUGGAGCAGCAGGCAGUCAUGGCGCAGCACCUUCGCUCUAUUCUGGGAAAGAAGCUCCUGAGAAAGCCGCUCAAUGACCUGCCCCUCAAAGACCUGCCCUCACCUGAGGAGUUGAUGGGACGGAUCCUGCUGAAGGGGAAGAAGUUAGGAGUUCUGCUGGGGAAGACUGAAAGCUGGACUAGCUUCUCAUAUAGCUCAGAUGAAGAGUCUACUGCAAAAAAAGAUCCUGGGAGGUCUGUGAGCACUAAACUGAGUCCAGAGCUGUCAGAUCUGGUGGUGUACUGUCAGAGUGUGCCCUUCAGUGGUUUCGAGACGGCCUGCCAGAGACCUCCUAGCAUGAUGUCCUCUUUCUCUGAGAAUGAGGCGCUCAAACUCAUCAAAGACUCAGGGAAGCAGUUUGUUCGACACAACAGUCGGCAACUGAGCAGGGUUUACCCAUCAGGCCAGAGGUUACAGUCCUCCAACUACGACCCCAAGGACAUGUGGAACGGAGGCUGCCAGAUGGUGGCUCUGAACUUCCAGACCCCAGGAGAGCAGAUGGACCUGAACCAGGGCCGCUUUCUGCCCAACGGCCGCUGCGGAUAUGUGCUCAAGCCUGACUUCCUGCGUCACCCAAAGUCUAACUUUGACCCUGAGAACACGGGUGGAGGACCAGGACAUAUACCCACACAGCUUAUCAUACGGGUGAUCUCGGCCCAGCAACUUCCUAAAAUAAACACAGACAAUCCCAACUCCAUUGUGGACCCACAGGUCUGGGUGGAGAUCCAUGGAGUUUCCAUCGAUAAGGCUCGUGCAAAAACCCAGCGCAUUGACAACAAUGGUUUCAACCCUCGUUGGGACUGUACUGUGAACUUUCAGCUGCAGGUGCCUGAACUGGCCUUGGUGCGUUUUAUGGUGGAAGAUCACGACUACAAAUCCAAGAAUGAUUUCAUUGGCCAGUUCACCCUCCCUUUCACCAGCCUACGAACAGGUUAUCGUCAUGUUCACCUGCUAAAAGCUGACGGCUCCAAUCUGUCUCCUGCCACCCUCUUCAUCCAUGUCAAGGUGCUACGGCGAGGGGUUCCUAUUAAAACUGUUUCUGAGCGGAAAGGCAAGGCCUGAGGCUUCUGUGGUUAUUCCUGGAAAUGUUUAUUUCUGGAAGUACCUUACUGAAGGAGAAGCCCCUAAGCAGGGCUCUUGAGGUGCUGGGACUAUUCAGAAUCAGAGCACAUGAAAACGCUUGUGACAUUGGACAUACAAGCACAGAAAGUCAGUGUAGACGUGAUUCAAAGUGCAUUUGGCUUUUUUAUUGUUCAUUUGUUGUGUUGUCAGCAGAGCAGAACAUCUAACAGUGUCAUAAAAGUGUUACCGUGAAAGCUAAAUAUGUUAUGAAGUCAGUAUUGUUUAUAGAGUCGGUUUCAAUUGAGACAGAUUUCUAUUUAGUCUGUGAGCCUUGAAAUCUAAAAAAGGUAACAUUUUAAUUGAACUUAAACUAGUCUUUACAUGCUGGACAAGAAUUAUAUGUGUAUGUAGAUAUAAAUUAGUUGUCUUUAAUGUUUUUUUUUAAUAGUUUGUUUUUAGUUUAUGGUUUUAAUUUGCUGAAUACUGGAAGCAUAGCAAGUGUAUGGGUGGUUUAGUAAGAGUAAUGACUAUUUUUAUGCAAGUAUGUUUUAACUGAUUGAAACACCAAAUGCUGUUCAGCAGUAUAUUAGUAAUAAGCAAUCAGUAAAUAAGUAAUCAGAGUAGUAAGAUGCUUAUGAUACAGAUGUUCAAAUCUGGUCAGAUGACUCCACUUCAUCAGUGCUGCUUUAAUGAUGAUGCAGGCAACAAUAGCACUUGCCACUAUAUACUCUGUUUCAUCCAAGUUUGUUGAAUCAUGAAAACUUGAGGUUAUUGAUAACUCAUAAGGACUGUGUUUUGUAUGAUCAUUAAUUUAGUAAAGACUUAUUUCAAAUGUAGAUUUUCUUUCUGUUUAGAAAACAGAAAAUUUUAAUGAUUUUAAUGUCUUGUUUUUACAGUACUGUAUCUGUACGUUUUGUGUAUAAGUGCGUUAUUCAUUCUUUUUGUAUUGAAAUACUGUAGAUAAUCAGUAAUUAAUUAAAUUAAUAUUAAUUAGUAUUCAUUUUUACAUUAUCAACAGCAGGAAUCAAUUGCAAAUCUUCAUUUAUUUUAAGCAGUAAUACUGAUUAGGUUUUAUUGGGUUUUUGUCUUGUCUACCCUAUUUUUGAAAACAUGGAAAUAUUGUGCUGUUGUGAUUAUUAUUUGUGGAAAGAUGUAGUUCCUUUGAAAGCAUGCCUACAUUUUAUAAACUUAAUCUAAUUGCACUCAAA